CAACUGCCUAUAAGCAACAGAAGAAAUGUCGGGAAACGUCAACGAUGGUUCAGGACGAGACAACGAAUAUAACGGUUAUUCUUUAAUACAAAUCAGCCUGAUUUAGUUGCAGGAGCAGGAAGCCACAACAGCUUUGCAGAACUGCCUCUUGUGGACUUGUGGAGAACAGUAGCUGAUUUGUUUCUCUCCAGACAGUAUGUCUAUCAUGGACCAUAGCCCCACCACUGGGGUUGUGACAAUCAUUGUAAUACUCAUUGCUGUUGCUGCACUAGGGGCGCUAAUUUUUGGUUGUUGGUGCUACUUGCGACUGCAGCGUAUCGGCCAGUCUGAAGAUGAAGAAAGCAUAGUCGGUGAAGGGGAAACCAAGGAGCCCUUCUUAAUGGUACAGUAUUCAGCCAAGGGCCCGCGGGUGGAGCACAAGACCAAGCUGACCCCUAACGGCACCGAGAGCCACACCUAAACUCUCUUCUCGAUGCAAACUGUGUUGGACCAUGUUCAGGCUCUUUGAAGUCUUACAAUUUCAACACCUCGCAUUAAUGUUAAAAUCAAUUUGAAACGGUGCAAGGACUUCACUGCUUAAACAAGUGAAAAAAUUACAACAAAACUAGUGCAUGCAGUUGUCUAGUUACUUUGUUGCUUUGAGUGGGGGUCCAGUGUAGCACCCUAUUAUAAUGUGAAAUUGACAAUUGUCUGCGUUUGGCGUUAUAUGCAAUGCUAUUUAUUUGUAAAGCUAUUGCUGAGUUCUAAAGCUUAACCAAGAAAGAUGGUUUUAUUUUGUUUAACCACAACUGCUUGCCUCCAGAGCAGGCUCUGGUAUUAAGAAGAUCAAUUCACAUGAUGUUCAAAGCUUUAGAUCAUUUUGAAGCUUUUAAACAACUUAACGUUGUUUUUUGUUUUUUUUGUAGAAGCUCUUAAAGAAACCAUAAAUGAGUGAUUCUCAUGAAACCUGUCAAGAAAUGUCCUGGUCAUAUGUAAACCCAAAAUCAAUGCAUUUUUAGGACUGUUUACAUUUUUUGCAUUGUGACAUUUUGUUUAGGACACUACAGAACAUUUUACCCCUAAAUUCUCAUUACCGUAAUGCAUCCAAACAUAUUUAUAAUAUAGCCAUUGUUUUCAAUGUUGAUUCUUAUUACUGUAACACUAAUGUGUUUUUUUGUACAGUAAAUACAGAAGAACAGUUAUAGUGAAAAUGAGUCACAAUUUCGCAUUGCUGAAUUGGGUUAAAAUGUGCUUAACUGUCAUAAAAAUAGUCACAAUGUAAAACAAUUUGAUGUUCCUAAAAACACACUUAAUUUUGUUAAUGCCAAGUAUAAUUUAUUUUUUGUUUCUUUUGAAUUUUAAGUAAAAUAUGACCAGUAACGUUUUUGACGGGGUUUGUGAGAAUCAACCAAAUUGUGUGAAGGUUAAUCGGCUUAUCAGUAUUGUUGGAUUACAUUCAUUCAAAGUUCAUGCUAUCUUUUGCACUUUUUUACUUUCAAUUGAUGUGUUACCGAUUUCUUAACAGCACUUGGUGUUUUCAGUGUAAACCUGCUAGGAAGCCACAAUAAGAAUGAAAGCCAAUGACCGGGCCCUACUUAUACUAGAUCCAUGAUGUUGUGGACCCAGAGGCAUUCAUUUUUGUGGCCUAGCACAUUUCUACAUUGUAAGGUUGGGGUCAUUUGAAGGUGUAGAUCUUAUUUUUUUAGAUGGCUUGUUGUGCAGCGGGAUACUGAAAAAGUAAUUGUCUUAUUGUCCAUAUUAUUUUCUUUCCUUUGAGUCCAGAUGAUUUUGAGAUGUAGCGGUGUUUGCUGUUUACACAUGUGAGAAGAAAUUGAGAGAAAUUAUUUAUUUUUAUACAAUAUCCAUGCAAAUGUUGUCCAUACAAUUCAUUGCGUGAAAUCAACAGCCCUUUUUGGGGAGGCUGCCAAAUCAAAGCCUGAAAAUGCAGCUAAAAUGAUUUAAUUAAUGUUACUAAUACUGUAUCAGAUAUGUACUGUACUGUCAUUCCAUGGAGACUGAAUUUUGUGAAUUUGACAAUUGUGCUUUCUGAUUUCUAUUAAAACCAUCCACAUAAAGGACAGUACACGCAUGUUAUUUUAACCUGCAUAUUUGAGAAUAACUAAGUGCUCGGUGUAUUGCUUAUGUCACUCAGCUCUGUGUUUCCAGAGUUUUGACUACUGAACAAUAUAACCUCCUUUGGAACCAGAGGAAGUCAGAGUAGUGUGUACUCGUGUGUUUUGUUUGUAUUUGCAAGAGUUUUAAAAUUAUAGCUUAAACUCUAAUGAACUAUUGGUAGAUAUUGGGGUAUAUUUUAGUAUGCUAAAAUAGGAUUUCAAAUUAUAGUAUGAGUUUUAAUAGACAUAGCAAAUUCAUUUCA